GAAAGAAGGAAUUUGUGAAUCUUGGAGAAGACUGAAAGCUCAAAGCAGGUGUGAAGAUGGGUUUGGGAUUUCCGGUAUGUGUUCAGUGUGGGACGGCGAGCAACCCUUGCCGGUGCAAGGUGGUUGGGCCUACGCUUGGCUUCUUGGCGUUUGUGGCUACAGGGGUUGUGGAAUGGCCUAUUGGAGCUUUGGUUUAUUGCUUCCGACACUCCAAGGGUCGCCGUAUAAUGGCUCAUCCUGCAUCUGUUGUUUAUCCUUCCGUCGCCAGUGCCAUUCCUAUUUGAUCGAUCUUCUUUCUCAUCACUUUACUUCCAUGGACUCUUGAAUCUUGUAAUUCGGAACCCAUGGGUUAAGCACGUUCUCGUUAAUAAAUUUAUCAUUUCGUAUCAAUGAACCAUGAGUUCAGGUGAUGUGCGGAUAA